AUGUUGCCGUACCAAGCGGUGGCCAUGGACUACGCGGUGGCCUCCGCUAGUUUCCAUCACCACCAACGGCCCGGCGGCCUGCCCGGGGUGAUGGGCCUCUCGGGCCCCGGCCCCGGACUGAACCCGGGCCUAAACCCGGCCUUCACCCAUUCCUGGUUCGUACAGACAAGCCCGGAUAUCUGUCGGCAGCAACAAGCAUCCAACCAAUCGCAUCUCGAACCUGGCAUCCUCGAAUUGAGAAAGGAGAAGAGUCGAGACGCGGCGCGUUCAAGACGGGGCAAGGAGAACUACGAGUUCUACGAGCUGGCGAAGAUGCUCCCCCUGCCGGCAGCCAUCACCAGCCAGCUGGACAAGGCGUCCAUCAUCAGGCUGACCAUAAGCUACCUCAAGCUAAGGGACUUUUCGGGACACGGCGACCCCCCAUGGAGCAGGGAUCCACCGCCGACCAGAGCCCAGAACAGGCGGACGUCCGCCGGACUAGCUAUGGAGCUGUUCGAGCAGCAUCAAGGCACCCACAUACUCCAGUCUCUAGACGGAUUCGCGUUAUCAGUUGCGGCCGACGGGAGGUUCCUGUACAUAUCUGAAACAGUCUCAAUAUAUUUAGGAUUAUCACAAGUAGAGAUGACGGGUAGCAGCAUAUUUGAUUACGUGCAUCAGAAUGAUCAUGCGGAGAUUGCUGAGCAACUUGGAUUGUCACUGGCUGGAAGAGGUGGCGCUGGUCUGAACAGUCCAGCGUCAGGAAGCGAAGAGGGCAGCCAGCACGGCACCAACAACCCUGACGUUUCCUCACAAAUGAGCCUAGCUGCGAGCGGCGUGCUGUUCCGGGGAAUGGACAGAGCCUUCUGCGUCAGGAUGAAGAGCACUCUUACCAAACGAGGCUGUCAUUUCAAAUCGUCCGGAUACAGGGUGGUGCUGAUGCUGUGCCGCCUCCGGCCGCAGUACACGUUCUCGCACAGCCGCAAGUCGCCACCGGCGCUACUGGGAAUGGUGGCCCUGGCUAUCGCCCUGCCGCCGCCCUCCGUCCACGAGAUAAGGCUGGAGUCGGACAUGUUCGUCACGAGGAUCAACUUCGACUUCAGGAUAGCGCACUGCGAGCCGAGCAGGGUAUCGGAGCUCCUGGGAUACACCGCCGAAGAAUUAACCGGAAAAAACCUCUACGCGCUCUGCCAUGGCGAAGACGCGAACAAAUUAAGAAAAUGCCAUGUAGAUUUAAUGAAUAAGGGACAAGUGUUGACGCAUUACUACCGGCUGAUGAACAAGCUUGGAGGCUACACGUGGAUGCAGACGUGUGCAACAGUCGUUUGCUCCUCUAAGAACGCCGAGGAACAGAAUAUUAUAUGCGUGAAUUACGUCAUCAGCGGGCGCGAGUACCCCAACACCGUGAUGGACUGCUGCCAGCUCGAGGAGAGCGUCCAGGGGGUGAAGCGGGAGGAGUCCACCGGCGACCCGGAGAACGGGCCGCCGGACGCCGACACGCCGGGGGGUCCACCACCGCCGCGCCACACCACCGAGCGGAGCGAAGCACCCGCCAACUCGGAAUCCGCAUCGACUGUGCCUCCAACGUCAGAGGUCACGCACCUAACCAGACUCAACGACAGCCAGCCCCUCCCGCUGAACACCAGCGAGAGGACCUCGCCGAUGCCAGCAAGGAGACUGAAGAAGCGGAAGCACACGACCGACUGCGAGGAGGACACAGAGAGGGUCGAGGAGAGGCGGAAGAGCGGCUCGAACCCCGGCGCGGCGAUCUCGCCCGCAGAGAGGGAGAUUACAAAGACCAGUCUGGCGCUGCCCGAGGGGGCGAGCGACGCGACCUCCGUUAGAGAUUUGGAGAACGCCAUGUCGAAACAUCUGCCGUCGUUGGAGGGCAAGGAGGCCUCGCACCGGCCGACCGACUUCUCCACCGACGCACUGCUGAAGCAGCAGCAGCAGAAGUCGACGAUACAGUGGAUUGGCGCGCAGAACCACCACCUGAGCCACCUGAACCGACAGAUGCCGGGGAACCACACCCCGAAUCCGGCGUCCGCGCUGCUGAGGCAGCUGUACGCUAACAGGGAGAGCGUGAUUCGCAGCAACUUCUUGAGCGACGGCAGGGGUGGCGGCUACUAUUCGAGCGACGGGCAGACCGGGCCGCUGCCCACGCCGCCGGGGAGCGAGGGCUCCGGUUACGGCGACCAGCUCGGCCACAAAGGCACCGAAAUCGGUUCGCUCGCUUACACCAGCUACGGCGAUUACCACUCGGCGAUGACGCCGCCUGGUUCGGUGUCGCCGAGGGACAAACAGCAGUACGCCAUAUCGUACGACAACAGCGCCUAUUCGGACGCGCUGAGGCACUCUUAUUUGGGCGAAGCGCCGUUGCCCUUGAAACCUCAGGCGUACUCCGCAGUUCCCGGGGCGCUGGACUACGCUUCUCCAUUGGACCAAUCGCAAUUCUUCCAUCCGCCAUCAUCGUUCCACCUCUAUCACCCCCAAGCCCACUCCACGCAUCCGUCUCACUCGCACCAAUCCGCAGACAAAACGGCGCCUCCUAAUACAAACUGGUACUCAGCUGGUUCA